UACAACCAACUCGGAAAAGACACCGGUACACAUAAUUUAUGCAUCUCUGCGCUGCUGAGAAGAAUAAAAUCACCGAGGGUUAAAGAACAUUAUUGGCUGCUUAUCAGUACGCGCCCAUAUAGUGAGCGUAUGUGCACCCCCGUAGCAUUUCUAGGUCUAAUAACGGCUGCAGCUGCCGCAAGCCGAAGCUUGAGCCCACUAUAAAAAGUGCAGCGCCAAUAAACGACAAAACACGUAAAUUCCAGACUUUCAUAAGCAGAAAAAUUCAAUUCCAAAUGAACUUCAACAAAGUUUUCAUCUUCUUUGCCGUGAUGAUCGCCAUUUUCGCCGGACAAGCCGAGGCUGGUUGGCUCAAGAAAAUCGGCAAGAAAAUUGAACGUGUUGGUCAGCAUACCAGAGAUGCCGCCAUUCAGGGAAUUGCUGUGGCUCAACAGGCCGCCAAUGUUGCUGCCACUGCGAGAGGCAAAUAGCUGCCUAAAUUAAUAAGUGAUAAAUUAUUUAUGG